GCCAGUGUCAGCAUUAGUAAUUCUCUCAAGUGCCAUCAAAGUUCACGAUCUCAUCACCAAUUCGCGAUGUGGCUUGGCCCAGUGACAGUGUUGCUACUCGCGACUAUUGUUAACCAUGUCACUGCCCAAGACCAAAAGCCGUUAACAUAUGAGACAGUCAUUAAACCCGCUUUCACUGUCCGCAAACAGUCUUCUGAGCUCUGCGAUGCGGGCGCUCGUCAAUUCACCGGGACGGUCAACGUCACGGAGGAUAAGUCCAUGUUCUUCUGGUACUUUGAGAGUCGUAAUAAUCCCGAGACUGAUCCUUUGCUACUAUGGAUGAGCGGCGGACCUGGCGCUUCUGGAGAAAUGGGUUUAUUCAUGGGUAGUGGUCCCUGUACCGUGAAUCCCGAUGGAAACUCAACGAAACGCGCUGAUUACUCGUGGAUCGACCACGCUAAUGUUGUUUACAUCGACCAACCCGUAGGCGUCGGCUUCUCCAAAAUUACAGAUCGAAACAAAAUUGCUGUUAGUCUCGAACAAGGCGCAAAAGACGUAUAUACCUUCCUCUCAACAUUCUCCCACGAUGUAUUCCCCGACCUCGCUGGAAAACCAUGGCACAUCACCGGUGAAUCCAUGGGCGGACACUACGUCACCGGUUACACGAAACAUAUCAUCUCUCACGAACGCGAGAACGCGAAGCGCGGCAUAGCACCUCAAGUCGAGAUUUCAUCUGCGAUUAUCGCUGAUGGGUAUAUUGACGCGACGCAGCAGUUCAUGGGAUAUUUUGACUUCUUCUGUACGGAUUGGGCUGCUGAUGGGCGGAAAUAUCCGUUGAUGAAUAGGACGGCUUGUGAGAAUAUGCUCGCUGCGAUACCGGAGUGUAAGAAAAUGGGGAGUCAGUGUCGGUACUUCUAUGAUAUUGAGACUUGUAGGGCGGCGAAUGAGGUUUGUGAGGAGACGCUGGGGGAGUACUUUAUGGAUGGCGUUGUUCCUGGUGGAUGGGAUCCUUAUGAUGACCGGCAUCCAUGUGAGAAGCCUCCUUUGUGCUCGAACAUGGACCAUGGGCCAGAAUGGAAGUUCUUGAAUCGUCGUUGGGUUCAAGAGAAACUCGGAUUCGACCGCUUUCCAUUUUAUCUUAUCGACUUUGAUACCAAUGAGCGCUGGGACAUUGCGCAGAAUAUCCAUAUACCCGUUACACGAGAGUUGACGUGGAUUCUCGAUGAGACAGAUAUACGCGUUCUGUUCAUCAACGGCAACAACGAUAUCAUCAUUAAUACUCCCGGACAAAUGCGCAUGUUGCAUGAACAGCGAUGGAAGGGACAAGAUAAUUAUCGAGAACUUGACUAUAAACCUUGGUAUUAUAAGAAUGGCGAACUGACCUCGGAUGCUGACGGUUGGAAUGUUAAGAAAGGAGGGUUCUGGAAGGGAAAUGAUCAGUUGAGUUUCUUUGCUGUUGAUGAAGCGGGUCAUCUGUCUGCUUAUCACCAGCCUGAAGCCAUAGGCGCGAUAGUUCGAGCUUGGCUUCGCGAUGACUGACUUCACUCGCAACUCAAGUCAAGAUCAU